UCGCGGCGCGGCACAGCUCGGCGCGGCCUAUAGAGUAGCGUCGAAGCCUGCUGCAGGGAGAAGAUGGCGGUCGCAGUGAGAACUUUGCAGGAACAGCUAGAAAAGGCCAAAGAGAGCCUAAAGAAUGUGGAUGAGAAUAUUCGCAAGCUCACCGGGAGAGAUCCGAAUGACGUGAGGCCCAUCCAAGCCAGAUUGCUGGCCCUUUCUGGUCCUGGUGGAGGUAGAGGACGUGGUAGUUUAUUGCUGAGGCGUGGAUUCUCAGAUAGUGGAGGAGGACCCCCAGCCAAACAGAGAGACCUUGAAGGGGCAGUCAGUAGGUAUGCUGGGCGGGAGCGACGGACAAGAAGAGAAUCACGCCAAGAAAGUGACCCAGAGGAUGAUGAUGUUAAAAAGCCAGCGCUGCAGUCUUCGGUUGUAGCUACCUCCAAAGAGCGCACGCGUCGAGACCUUAUCCAGGAUCAAAAUAUGGAUGAAAAGGGAAGCAAAAGGAACCGACGAAUAUUUGGCUUGUUGAUGGGCACCCUUCAAAAAUUUAAACAAGAGUCCACUGUUGCUACUGAAAGGCAAAAAAGACGUCAGGAAAUUGAACAAAAACUUGAAGUUCAAGCCGAAAAAGAAGAGAGAAAGCAAGUUGAAAAUGAGAGAAGAGAACUAUUUGAAGAGAGACGUGCUAAACAGACAGAAUUGCGACUUUUGGAACAGAAGGUUGAGCUUGCGCAGCUGCAAGAAGAGUGGAAUGAGCAUAAUGCCAAGAUAAUUAAAUACAUAAGAACUAAGACAAAGCCCCAUUUAUUCUAUAUACCUGGAAGAAUGUGUCCAGCUACCCAAAAACUAGUAGAAGAAUCACAGAGAAAAAUGAAUGCUUUAUUUGAAGGUAGACGCAUCGAAUUUGCAGAACAAAUAAAUAAAAUGGAGGCUAGGCCUAGAAGACAAUCAAUGAAGGAAAAAGAGCAUCAGGUGGUGCGUAAUGAAGAACAGAAGGCGGAACAAGAAGAGGGUAAGGUGGCUCAGCGAGAGGAAGAGUUGGAGGAGACAGGUAAUCAGCACAAUGAUGUAGAAAUAGAGGAAGCAGGAGAGGAAGAGGAAAAGGAAGUAGGUAUAGUUCAUAGCGAUGCAGAGAAAGAGCAGGAGGAAGAGGAACAAAAACAGGAAAUGGAGGUUAAAAUGGAGGAGGAAACUGAGGUAAGGGAAAGCGAGAAGCAGCAAGAUAGUCAGCCUGAAGAAGUUAUGGAUGUGCUAGAGAUGGUUGAGAAUGUCAAAAAUGUAAUUGCUGAGCAGGAAGUAAUGGAAACUAAUCAAGUUGAAAGUAUAGAGCCUUCAGAAAAUGAAACUAGCAAAGAAUUGGAGCCAGAGAUGGAAUUUGACGUUGAGCCAGAUAAAGAAUAAUCUCUGUCUCCUGGAAAAGAGAAUGUUAGUGCUCUAGAAAUGGAAAAGGAAUCUGAGGAAAAAGAAGAAAAAGAAUCUGAGCCCCAACCUGAGCCUGUGGCUCAACCUCAAUCUCAGCCCCAGCCCCAGUCCCAACUCCAACCCCAGCCCCAAUCCCAGUCUCAACCUCAGCCUCAGCCCCAGCCCCAGCCUCAACCCCAGCCCAGCUCCAGCCCCAGUCCCAACCCACCCCCACCCCAACCCCAACCCCAACCUCAACCUCAACCUCAACCUCAACCUCAGUCCCAACCAGUACUUCAACCCCAGCCUCUCUCUCAGCCUGAGGACUUUGCCAUUAGCUGUUUACAGCCACCACCUCAGGUUAUUCAGGAGCAAGGGAAUUUACUACCUGAGCGGAAGGAGUUUUCUUUAGAGACUGUCAAACUCACUGAGGUUCCAGUAGAGCCAAUCUUGACAGCACAUUCAGAAAAAAGCAAAACCAAAACUAGAAGCAGAAGUAGAGGUCGAGCUAGAAAUAAAACAAGCAAGAGUAGAAGUCGAAGCAGCAGCAGUAGUAGUACUAGUAGCAGUUCAACCAGUAGCAGCAGUGGAAGCAGUUCCAGCAGUGGCAGUAGCAGUAGUCGAAGCAGUUCCAGUAGUAGCUCCAGUACAAGUGGUAGCAGCAGCAGAGAUAGCAGCAGCAGCACUACUAGUAGUAGUGAGAGUAGAAGUCGAAGUAGGGGCCGGGGGCAUAAUAGAGAUAGAAAGCACAGAAGGAGCGUGGAUCGGAAGCGAAGGGAUACUUCAGGACUAGAGAGAAGUCACAACUUCAAAGGUGGUAGUAGUAGAGAUGCAAAAGGAUCAAAGGAUAAGAAUUCCCGGUCCGACAGAAAGAGGUCUAUAUCAGAGAGUAGUCGAUCAGGCAAAAGAUCUUCAAGAAGUGAAAGAGACCGAAAAUCAGACAGGAAAGACAAAAGGCGUUAAUGGAAGAAGCCAGGCUUUCUUAGCCUAUUCUUUGCAGCAGAAGAUUUCUUGAUGAGUAAAGGAUUACCUUUCCUUGUAAGGAGGAUGCUGCCUUAAAAAUUGCAUGUUGUAAAAAAUCUUUUUGGAAAAUACAGACUGUUUGUUUACCAGACAUUCUUGUACUUUUGCAUAAUUUGUAAGAGUUAUUUAUCAAAAUUAUGUGAGGUUCCAAAAUAUGUAAAAUAAUAAUAAUAAAAAAGAUUAACAUCCCUUGUCAUCUUUUUUAAAUAUCCUAUACUCUUCAGUAAGAAUCUGUAUAUUUUAAUAGGUAAAUCUUAAGUCUGUUCCCUUCUAAUCUGUAUCAUACAUUGCUUUUGUAGAAAUAAAUGUGCAUUUCUUUCAUUAUUUUUGGGAUGUCCUUGUUGACACUUGUAUAAUAAAUAUCCUCUUGGUGUCAUUUUCAGCUUUAUAACUAGAUAUGACAUGGUUAGAAUGUUUUGAAGGUCUCAUCACUUUUAUUUGCUUAGACAAUUAUUUGAGUUCUCAAGAGUCAGAUCUUUGCAACUUUGAGGGGGAAUAGUUCUCUCUAAAAUCAUUUACUAUUUUCUAAUCUCCCUUGUUUUAAUCUAAGCAUUGUCGUGUUUCUCAUUUUAAACCAUAUAGUUGGUAGAUAACUUAAAACAGUAUGAUUUGGUUGUCAUUUUCUUCCUGAUUAUGGGAGCAUCAUUCUUUUGUCUUCAUGGUUAUUUGUGUGAUAACAGCAUAUACAAUCUGUUAAAACAAUGACUUCUUUCUAGGGGAGGGAGAUAGAAGUAUCUUCUAAACUUGGUUUUUGAGUUUGUGGUCUUGUCUUAACUUUUGUGUUGGCUCUAACUGAAACAUGCCGAUGUGUGUUUUCAAGAAUUUUUGUUUAAGGACAUGUUGUAUGAAAGUUUACAAAAUGAAGGAAGUUCAUCUAGACUUGAAUAUGUAAGCAAAAUAGCACACAAGUGUACCAAGUGAUUAUUAACUUUGUUGUUUUAUAAAUUUGUAUGAACUUGAGUAUCUGUUGCCCAUUACUAUACAUGUGCAAAUAAAUGUGGCUUAGACUUG